CUGAGUUGACACUUGUGUAUUGUGAGCAAAGACGUAUGUUGUUACCUACUUGACUGAAAAAAUUAAAUUCUCGCUACUAAUUGUUAUUAAAUAACAUUAUCUAAUAAUCAUGACUAGUACCGAAGAUUUAUUGCAUUUUUUUGAGUUUUUAGACAACCUUAAUGAUGUGAACAUGCGUCCUACUAAUAGACCAAGACCGAUUCGACCUAGGACUGAUGCAUUAAAAAAUUACGAUGAUAUAGAUUUCUUUAAAACAUACAGAAUGUCCAAAUGCACUGUUACAUUAUUAUUGCAUCAACUUGAAGGAGAUUUGAAGUUUGAUAGCAACAGAAAUGAGAGUGUAGCUCCCAUACAGCAGUUGUUGAUAGCUCUUAGAUUUUAUGCUACUGGAACUCAUCUUCAAGCCAUAGCAGAUGCUCAUAGAGUAAGCGUCCCUACGGUUAGUAGAGUGGUUAGGAAAGUGUCCAGAGCAAUAGUUAAACUGCAACCAAAGUAUAUCAAAAUGCCAGCAACUACAGCAGAAAUAGAAAAUUGCCAAAGGGAGUUUAACAAAAUAGCAAAUUUUCCAUUUAUCAUUGGUUCUAUAGAUUGUACCCAUGUAAAAAUACAAUCCCCAGGUGGAGGGGAUGCUGAAAAGUUUCGAAAUAGAAAGGGUUACUUUUCUAUUAAUGUACAAACAGUGUCAGAUUCAAAUUUGAAAGUCACAAACGUGGUUGCUCAUUGUCCUGGCUCUACUAAUGACUCCGAUAUUUUUAUUAAUAGUCAAUUAUGUCAUGACUUUGAGAUGGGAGUUUACGGUAGUUCAUGUUUGUUGGGAGAUAGUGGGUACCCACUAAAGGAAGAUGUGAAGAUGCAGCCAGAUUUUCUGAAGGUUUUAGUCUUCUCUUACAUACAUACAGCUUGUAAAUUUUUGAGAAUGCUAUUAAAAUUUAACAGCAUUGGCAACAAUAAUUAAUGUCAAUUCCACAAAACUAGCCUAUCUGAAGAGACUCAUACCAGAUCCAGGUUUGUCACCAGAAAUUAUUUCAGAAACACAUCUUGAUGAUCAGAUUUCAAGGAGUAGAUGCAUUUCACAACCAAUACCCACAAGCUUGUUUUUGGUUAUCUGAGAUCAAGACAAGCAUCCAACUACAACAAACCUUACUACCUUCGAAGAUGCUUAUGUAGGACUACUAAAAGCAUUCAAUCAAAAUUUUACAAGCAUUAUUUCACUAUUCUUUAAGCUAUUGAAUUGUGGAAUGCAGUCCCAAUGAACAUAAGACAGGCUAAGUCACUAGGCAUAUUUAAAAAUGCUUUUAAGGCCCAUCAUCUCUCACAAUUACAACUAUUAUUAUUUAUUUACUCACUUUCAUCUCUCUUAACAAGUAUUCAAGGGUUGCUAAAAUAUAUGUUUAUUAUUUUUUAAUAUAUAUGUAUUGU